AUGAACAUUAUAAAUAGUGUUGAAAGUGUGGUCCAAUACCAGGAUCUUCCGUCUAAAUCAGCUAUCCGUCACGAUAUCGCAGAGUGUGUUGUGCGUGCCAAAAAUAAGCAGGUGAUAACUAACCGUGUCAAAGUUGAUACCGCCAAUAUUAUCAAACAGCUUAAAGAACGUAACGUGGUUUAUUCCCGCGCUGAUAAAGGAAAUGCAAUUGUGAUCAUGGAUAAAAACGAUUACGACUCGCGCGUACUCAACAUGAUCAAUGAAGGUCCGUACGAAGAGUGUAAAUUCAAAAAUGGAAAACCCAAAGAUCCUCUCAACACUAUGAUAGACGAGGCUAACGUUGUUCGACAAAAAGUGGCACGGCUAAUGGGGGAUGAAAAGCUUGAGCGACGUCUUUACGUACCGAAUCCGAAGGUCGCCUCACUAUACUGCCUACCCAAAAUCCAUAAGAAUCCAUUGUCUAUGCGUCCAAUUUCGUCAAACAUCUGUACACCAACCGAGAAAAUGGCGGCUUGGCUGGUAGAUGAGAUCAAACGAUAUCCUGUGACUCACGGCAAGAGUGUAAAAAACUCGAUAGAACUUGUAGAUCAGAUUAAAGACCUCGAGAUACGACGCAGUGAGAUCAUGGUGUCGUUCGAUGUUGCUUCUCUGUUCCCCAGUGUACCCGUUGAAGACGCCUUAAAAAGCUUACGUGCACAUUUAGAACGAAAACAAGUCCCCCCGAACCACAUUGCGGCUUAUCUUUCUGUGGCACAGUUGUGUAUGAAGCAGAACUUAUUCAUGUUUCGCGGGAAGUUUUACAAACAAAACUUUGGCCUUAGCAUGGGAAGUAAGCUUUCACCGCUAUUAGCUGAAGUAUUUAUGAGCGAUUUUGAGACCGAGGUACAAAAAGACAAAAUGUUCCCCCGGGUUUGGAAGCGGUACGUCGACGAUGUGUUUGCUUUGGUGAAGGAACGCUAUUUGCCACAAACGCUCAACCUACUGAACUCGAAACACGACUCGAUCAGAUUUACGGUUGAAAAAGAACAAGACGGUACACUCCCGUUUUUAGAUCUUCGCAUCUCAAUAAAAGAAGACAAAACUUUGAAAUUUGGCAUCUACCGUAAACCAACUUCAACAGACCGUUUCAUAACAUCCGACUCCAAUCAUUUUGGAGCCCAAAAGCAAGCAGCAUUCCACUCGAUGGCCCACCGCCUUUUCAAUAUACCGUUAGAAGAAGAAGAGUUUAAUGCGGAAAGGGAGAAAAUACACAAAAUCGCCGGACAGAAUGGAUAUGACAGCAACUUUGUGAACAAAAUCCUGCGGAAACAUGAACGGAAAAGACACCGACAGAAUGCAACAACUCUUCAACCAGACAGCGAUGAGAAAGUUAGGAUCAGCCUACCGUUUUAUCCAAUUAUAACAAACUCGAUCAAAAACAUUCUUCACCAACAUGGAUUUGCGACAGCCUUCAAAAGCAGCUGCACUCUACGGGAAAUGUUGUGCAACCUCAAAGACAAAAUCCCGCUUGAGGAACAAUCUGGAAUAUAUCAAAUUCCAUGCCAAGAUUGCCCCGCUAUCUACAUUGGACAAACACGUCGCAAAUUUAAAAUUAGACUAAGGGAACAUAGGAAGGCCGUGGAGCACAGCCGAUCAUGUGACUCUAGUGUAGCAGCACACAGUGAAGAAUUACGGCAUAAAAUAAAUUGGGAGAGUGCGAAAUUAAUCAAAACCAUUAAGAAGGUUUCACUGCUAAAUGCAUGGGAAUCAAUGUAUAUCGCCAAUGCAGAGAAACCUCUUAUGAAUGGAGAUGAUCCACCAAUAAUUUCCCCUCUCUUUGGAUUGGCAAAAAAGUGA